GCAUUUGUACCUUUUCUACAAAUCACUCUUUGGCUACAGUAGAAAUCAGUCAUGACUUUGCUACUACCUAUACUUGUUGGUUUUCUUGCCGCUGUGAUUGGAGGUCUAUAUCUUCUGGGGGUGUUUCGACGACAGCGACCAGGAGAACCUCCUUUGGAUAAGGGGCUCAUCCCCUGGAUGGGUCAUGUCUUAGAAUUCCGCAAGGACACCAUUAAGUUCCUAGACAGGAUGAAGCAAAAGCAUGGUGAUGUAUUCACUGUACAACUGGGUGGAUUUUACCUCACAUUCAUUCUGGACCCUCUAUCAUUGGGGACAUUUGUUAAGGAGAGUCCGGAAAAACUGGACUUCAACACGUUUGCCAGGAACCUGGUAGAACGACUGUUUGGUUACAGAUCUUUAGGCAAUGAGAAACAACUUCUCAUGAAGACUAGCCACAAACACCUGAGGGGACCUGGACUGGAGGUGCUGACACACGCCAUGAUGUGUAAUUUACAGAAUGUGAUGUUGCAUAACACUGAUUCAUCCACUGACCAAAAGACCUGGCUGGAAGACAGACUGUUCAAGUACAGCUACAAAGCUGUUUUUAGGGCUGGCUACUUAUCCCUUUUUGGCAAUGCAUCACAAAACUGUGAAGGAAGUGUAGAGAAAGCCAAAGAGAAAGACCAAGCUGAAUCUGAAACCUUAUUCCAUGAGUUCCGCAAAUAUGACCAGCUCGUUCCCAAUCUGGCUUAUGGAGUCCUGCCCCCGAGAGAAAAGAUGGAAGCGGAAAGGAUAAAGGCAUUCUUUUGGAAAGCUCUGUCAAUGCAGAAGAUGAAGAUUAAGGACAACAUCAGUCGCUGGGUUUGGGACAUGCAGCAAGGGAGACAGGAGUUAGGCAUAAAGGAGUCAAUGAUAGACAGGUACAUGCUUGUGCUUCUUUGGGUCUCCCAAGGCAACACAGGGCCUUCUGCAUUCUGGCUGCUCUUCUUCCUCAUGAAGCACCCUGAAGCAAUGGCAGCUGUGAGGGAGGAGGUAAAUAGGGUUCUGAAGGAAUCUGGCCAGGAAGUCCGACGUGAUGGCCCUUUGAUCAACCUGACUUGUGACAUGCUGAUGAAAACGCCAAUCCUGGAUAGUGCUGUAGAAGAGACCCUUCGACUAACUGCUGCACCCCUCCUCGUCAGGUCAGUGCUUCAGGAUAUGACUCUCAAGAUGGCUAAUGGAUGUGAAUACCGAAUUCGCAAGGGCGAUAGAAUGGCAGUCCUCCCUUACAGUGCUGUCCACCUUAACCCAGAGAUCCACCCUGACCCACAUUCAUUCAAAUAUGAUCGCUUUCUAAAUCCAGAUGGAAGCAAGAAAACUGAUUUCUACAAGGGUGGGAAGAAGGUUAAGUAUUACAGCAUGCCCUGGGGUGCAGGAGUCUCCAUGUGCCCUGGGAGGUUCUUUGCCAACAAUGAACUGAAACAAUUUGUUUUCCUCAUGUUGGUCUACUUUGACCUUGAGCUUAAAAAUCCUGAUGAGAAAACACCUGAGUAUGACGUCAGUCGAUUGGGCUUUGGAGCACUUCACCCUGUAAAAGAUAUCCAGUUUCGAUACAGUCUCAGAUUCUGAACCCAUGAAAAUGUGUUUCCUUUCUUAGAGAAAACAUUUUCAGAUUUUGACUUUGUCAGUAAUGUUUUUGUAAAAACAUGAGAUUCCUUCUUUAUCACCAAUAAUACCAUGAUAUAUGUGAUUUGCUUUGAAAGCUUUCAACACAAUAACAAACAGGAAAAGUGAUUAAAAUCGUGUGUUAAUAACACUGGAAUAAAAUGUUCAUGCAUUCAUGAAGCAAAAGAACAUUAUUUUGACAGUUCCUCUGCUAAAAUUAAUGACUGAUAAAUGGUAAUUUGUAACAGAUUUUCAAACCACCUAAUCAUCUUGCUAAAUAAUAACCUGGGGUUACUCCCAUAAUCACAUGUUGUGGGUGUAUCUCAGUAAUAUUAAAGCAUUGCACUCGCUUUUUGGGUUGGUGGUGGAGAAAGAUUAUUUGAUGAUCACAGCACCAUAGCAAAUACACACACACACAUUUUUCCAAAAAGAGCUGAACAUUGUAUUACUGCAUUUGUUUAAACAAGAGAGAUUGAAGAUAAUGUAAAUCAUUUCAAAUGAAAAUAAAAGUAAAAAUGAAAA